UUUCCUGAGAUAUAAAAGACGUAUUUUCACUGGACAGUAGCCUUACCCCUCGCUUCUUCCUCACUGCCAACCGCUGAUUACACAGCGGCCACUACCAGAAAGAUGUCGGAGCGCGACCGGCCCCGUGAUCGCGACCGAGACCGAGAUCGGGAACGCGAGAGAGAACGCCGAAGGGAUAAAGAUGAACGGGACCGGGAGCGCGAUCGAGACAGACACAGAGAAAGAGAUAGGGACAGGGACAGAGAUCGAGACAGAGUUCGCAGCAAGAGAUCUCGUUCUCCGGAGCGUACUCGAUCUCGGCACAACCGCUCACGGACGCGUUCUCCUGACCGUUACCGCUCCCGUUCGAGGUCUGUAACCCGUUCUCCUGAGCGCUCCCACCGGCGCAACCGCACUCCUUCCGCUGAACCCCCGAAGAAGCGUAACCGCCACGAAAACGAUGAGAGGGAGAAAGAAAAGGACAGACACAAGGCAGUAUCAGAUUUUGUUGACGGCAUUGCGAAAGAGCAGGAGCAAAAGAAUGAAAAUUUUGAUAAUGAGAAUGGAGAUGAGGAUGAGAUUGAGAUGAUGAAGAAGUUUGGAAUUCCAAUUGGGUUCGAUUCCACUAAAGGAAAGCCCGUCUCUGGGGCCGAUGUGAGUGGGGUUAGGGUUUCGACUAAGCGGCAGCCUAGACAGUACAUGAACCGGAGAGGUGGCUUUAAUCGCCCCUUGCCUGCAGAGCGUAACCGCUAGAUGGAUGGAUUAAUUCGAGAUGCGUCAAGAUUGGCAAUGUACCCCAUCAGAAGUCAAGUGAUAAGUCUGGACCCAAGAUUGUGCCUCAUGAAAUUUUGAUUAUAGAUUCUUCGGGCUAUUGGAAUUGAGCUUCCAACUCUAUAAUUUUUGAAUGCAUGGAUUUUUGUAUUAAGAAUUGUAACUGAUUGUAUUCAACACUUAAAUUUUACAGUGUUGGACUUUAAUGUUGUAAACUUGGAUUUCUUCAUCAUUUAACAAUUGGCGAUCAAAAUGUCUAGGUUGGGCAGCAGAUUAUG